AUGUCGCCCGUCACCGCCUGGAGGAAGAUAAUCGAGUUGCCCGAACCCCGCCCCAACCCUCUUCUUCCAGGGGCAGAGGGCGCUGGUAGUGGAGAUAAUGCAGGGAAUGGGGAUGGUUCUCGCAGCUAUUCGAGAUCUGGGGCCUCGAGUGAGCGCGUGGGCGCGAAGGACCCCGGCGACUGGAGCUGGGCGCUUUCGCGUAUGUCGGCGCUCGGCGGGUUGCGCUCUCUGUCCAUGGUGUGCGUGGUGAUCACCCACCGGGAGGCACUGAUGCUGAUGAACCUGCCGUUGCUGAACAAGCGGGAGCUGCCGCAGCGGCUGCAAGGGUGGCUGCACGCUUACUUCCCGCUCGGCUUCAUCGCUGUCGACACCUUCCUCUGCCUGUCCGGGUGCGUGCUGGCCUACUCGUUCGCCUGCACCCGCCGCCGCCAUCCGCGGUCGCUCCGCCAGCUGCGCUCCUGGCUGCCCGCCUUCUACCUGCACAGUAUGGUCACGGAAUUAUUUUUCAAAAUUUCAAAAUGCAUUGAAAGUUCAAGUUAA